AUGCCAGUAAUAACCAGUCGUGAGGUACGAAGCUCAACAACUACUUUGGCACCUUCAGAAACUACAACACCAGAAAGGAUCAUUCCUGAUGCACCAAGCACCAAAUCUUCUCAUUGGUCAACACCUCCUGAAUUAACUACAAUACAAGAAACGAGUCCUGAUGUACCAAGCCCUACAACUCCACUUGUAACAACCACUUCUGAACCAACUGAUAUGAUGGUCUUAACAACCAGUCAUGUACAAAGCCCUACAACUCUUAUGGCACCUUCAAAAACUACAGCACAACCAGAAAUAACCAGUCCUGAUGGGCCAAGCACCAAAUCUUCUCAAUGGACGACACUUCAAUUAACUUCAACUUCCGAAAAAACCCUGACUGAUGUGCGUAUCGCUACAACUGCAACACCAAAAACCAGUCUGGAUAAACAAAGCACAGACUCUUCAAAUUGGACAGCACCAUUUAAAUUAACAACUAUAGAAACAACCAGCUCUCAUGUACUAAACCCUACAACUCCACAUAUUGGAAUCCCUACUACACCAACUAUCACCUUGCAGGGAAUAACCAGUCCUAACUUCCAAAACCCUACCACUCUUGUGACCCCCUCAAAAAAAACUACUACCUUACCAGAAACUACCAGUCCUGAUGUACCAAGCGCCAAAUCUUCUAAUCGGCCAACCGCUUAUACACCAGAAACAACCAGUACUGAUGUGCGAAGCCCUACAACACUUGUGAUACCUUCAGAAUCUACAAUAUCAGAAAAAAACAGUCCUGAUAUACCGACCACCAAAUCUUCUGAUGGGCCAGCAGCAUCUCAAUCAACAACUACAACACCAGAAACAACCAUUACUGAUGUAUCAAGCACCGAAUUGUCUGAUUGGCUGACACCUCCUAAAAUAACUACAACGCCAGAUACAACCAGCACUAAAGUACGAAGCCUUACAACUCUUGUGACACCCUCAGAAACACCUAUUGUGCCAGCAACAAUUAUUCUUGACAUACCAAGCACCGAAGCCUCUUAUUGGCAAACACCUACUGAAGCAACAAUUUCAACACCAGAAACAACCAGCCCAGAUGUACCAAGCACCACAACUUCAUUUGUGACAAGCCUCUCUGAACCAAUUAUAACCUUGCCCGAAACAACCAGUUCUUAUGUACGGCGCUUUACAACUCUUGUCACAACCUCUGUUAAAUUAACAACUGCAACACUUGGCACAGCUAUACGCAGAAGACCUAACUUUGGCAGCAGGCCCGGACACAACUGGCCGGUUGAAGGGGGUAGGCCUGUACACAGCAGCAGGCCGGACAGCGAUGGUAGCCCUGAACACAGUUGGCCCGUCGACGGGGGCAGGCCUGUACACUUCAACAGGCCAGACAGUGGUGGCAGGCCCGGACACAGCUGGCCUGUAGACGGGGGAAGGCCUGUACACGUUAGCAGGCCGGCCAGCGGCGGCAGGCCCGGACACAGCUGGCCUGUCGAUGGGGGCAGGCCCGGUGAUAGCAGUCUUGAUGAACCAAGCAACAAGACUCCCCUCGAGACAUCCCCUUUAGAACUAAGUACCGCCCCACUACCGACUGUCGUACCAAGUUCCCGAGAUCUACUCAGCAUUACAACUCCUCUUGUGAAAACCGCUUCUGAACAUACUAUUACCUUGGCAGAAAUAACCAGUUCUGAUGUACAAAGCCUUGCAACUUAUGUCACUAACCCUUCUGAAUCAAAAGCCACCACACCUGGCACAACCGUGGACGGAAAACUUAACAUUGGCAGCAGGCCCGGACACAGCUGGCCUUUCGACGGGGGCAGGCCUGUACACAGCAACAGGCCAGAUGUUGGCGGCCGGCCCGGACACAGCUGGCCCGUUGACGGUGGCAGGCCCGGACACAGCUGGCCGGUUGACGUUGGAAGGCCCGUACACAGCAGCAGGCCGGACAGCAAAGGUAGCCCCGAACACAGGUGGCCUGUUGACGGGGGCAGACCCGUACACAGCAGCAGUCCGGACAGUGGCGGCAGGCCCGGACACAGCUGGCCCGUCGACGGUGGAAGGCCUGUUCAUGGCAGCAGGCCAGACAGCGGCGAAAGGCCAAUACACAGCUGGCCUGUCGAUGGUGGAAGGCCUGCCCACAGCAGCAGGCCGGACAGCGAUGGUAGCCCGGAACACAGUUGGCCUGUCGACGGGGGUAGGCCUGUACACAGCAGCAGGCCGGACAGCGGCGGCAGGCCUGUACACAGCUGGCCUGUUGACGGGGGCAGGCCUGUACACAGCAGCAGGCCCGGACACAGCUGGCCUGUUGACGGGGGCAGGCCCGGUGAUAGCAAUCUUGAUGAACCAAGCAACAAAACUCCCCUCGAGACAUCCCCCUUAGAACCAAGUACCACCCCACUACCAACUAGUGUCGUACCAAGCUCCCCAACCAUUCUUUUGACACCUUCUAAAUCAACAUUUUCUCCAAGAACCAGUCCUUCUCUACCAAGCAUUACAACUUCUCUUGUGACUACCCCUUCUGAACAUACUAUUACCUUGGCAGAAACGACCAGUUCUGAUGUACAAAGCCUUGCAACUCAUAUCACUAACCCUUCUGAAUCAAAAGCCACCACACCUGGCACAGCCGUACACAAAAGGCCUAACAUUGGCGGCAGGCCGGGACACAGCUGGCCCGUCGACGGGGGCAGGCCCUUACACAGCAGCAGGCCGGACAGUGGCGGAAGACCCGUACACAGUUGGCCUGUCGACGGUGGAAGGCCUGUUCAUAGCAGCAGGCCAGACAGCGGCGUAAGGCCCGGACACAGCUGGCCUGUCGAUGGUGGAAGGCCUGUACAUAGCAGCAGGCCGGACAGUGAUGGUAGCCCGGAACACAGUUGGCCUGUCGACGGGGGCAGGCCUGUACACAGCAGCAGGCCGGACAGCAGCGGCAGGCCCGGACACCGCUGGCCUGUUGACGGGGGCAGGCCUGUACACAGCUGGCCUGUUGACGGGGGCAGGCCUGUACACAGCAGCAGGCCCGGACACAGCUGGCCUGUCGACGGGGGCAGGCCCGGUGAUAGCAGUCUUGAUGAACCAAGCAACAAAACUCCCCUCGAGACAUCCCCCUUAGAACCAAGUACCACCCCACUACCAACUAGUGUCGUACCAAGCUCCCCAACUAUAUUUUUGACACCUUCUAAAUCAACAUUUUCACUAAGAACCAGUCCUGAUCUACCAAGCAUUACAACUCCUUUUGUGACUACCCCUUCUGAACAUACUAUUACCUUGGCAGAAACAACCAGUUCUGAUGUACAAAGCCUUGCAACUCAUGUCACUAACCCUUCUGAAUCAAAAGCCACCACACCUGGCACAGCCGUACACAGAAGGCCUAACAUUGGCGGCAGGCCGGGACACAGCUGGCCCGUCGACGGGGGGAGGCCCUUACACAGCAGCAGGCCGGACAGUGGCGGAAGACCCGUACACAGUUGGCCUGUCGACGGUGGAAGGCCUGUUCAUAGCAGCAGGCCGGACAGCGGCGGAAGGCCCGGACACAGCUGGCCCAUUGACGGUGGAAGGCCUGUACACAGCAGCAGGCCGGACAGCAGCGGCAGGCCCGGACACCGCUGGCCUGUUGACGGGGAAAGGCCCGGGGAUAGCAAUCUUGAGGAACCAAGCAACAAGACUCCCCUCGAGACACCCCCUUUAGAACUACGUAUUUCCCCACUACUGACUGUCGUACCAAGUUCCCCAACUAUUCUUUUGACACCUUCUAAAUCAACAUUUUCACUAAGAACCAGUCCUGAUUUACAAAGCAUUACAACUCUUCUUGUGACUACCCCUUCUGAACAUACUAUUACCUUGGCAGAAACAACCAGUUCUGAUGUACAAAGCCUUGCAACUUAUGUCACUAACCCUUCUGAAUCAAAAGCCACCACACCUGGCACAACCGUGGACGGAAAACUUAACAUUGGCAGCAGGCCCGGACACAGCUGGCCUUUCGACGGGGGCAGGCCUGUAUCCAGCAACAGGCCAGAUAUUGGCGGCCGGCCCGGACACAGCUGGCCCGUUGACGGUGGAAGGCCCGUACACAGCAGAAGGCCGGACAGCAAAGGUAGCCCCGAACACAGGUGGCCUGUUGACGGGGGCAGACCCGUACACAGCAGCAGUCCGGACAGUGGCGGCAGGCCCGGACACAGCUGGCCCGUUGAUGGUGGAAGGCCCGUUCAUAGCAGCAGGCCAGACAGCGGCGAAAGGCCAGUACACAGCUGGCCUGUCGAUGGUGGAAGGCCUGCCCACAGCAGCAGGCCGGACAGCGAUGGUAGCCCGGAACACAGUUGGCCUGUCAAUGGGGGUAGGCCUGUACACAGCAGCAGGCCGGAUAGCGGCGGCAGGCCCGGACACAGCUGGCCUGUUGACGGGGGCAGGCCCGGUGAUAGCAGUCUUGAUGAACCAAGCAACAAAACUCCCCUCGAGACAUCCCCCUUAGAACCAAGUACCACCCCACUACCAACUAGUGUCGUACCAAGCUCCCCAACCAUUCUUUUGACACCUUCUAAAUCAACAUUUUCUCCAAGAACCAGUCCUUAUCUACCAAGCAUUACAACUUCUCUUGUGACUACCCCUUCUGAACAUACUAUUACCUUGGCAGAAACAACCAGUUCUGAUGUACAAAGUCUUGCAACUCAUAUCACUAACCCUCAUGAAUCAAAAGCCAACACACCUGGCACAGCCGUACACAGAAGGCCUAACAUUGGCGGCAGGCCGGGACACAGCUGGCCCGUCGACGGGGGCAGGCCCUUACACAGCAGCAGGCCGGACAGUGGCGCAAGACCUGUACACAGUUGGCCUGUCGACGGUGGAAGGCCUGUUCAUAGCAGCAGGCCAGACAGCGACGGUAGCCCGGAACACAUUUGGCCAGUCGACGGGGGAAGGCCUGUACACAGCGGCAGGCCCGGACACCGCUGGCCUGUUGACGGGGGCAGGCCCGGUGAUAGCAGUCUUGAUGAACCAAGCAACAAAACUCCCCUCGAGACAUCCCCCUUAGAACCAAGUACCACCCCACUACCAACUAGUGUCGUACCAAGCUCCCCAACCAUUCUUUUGACACCUUCUAAAUCAACAUUUUCUCCAAGAACCAGUCCUUAUCUACCAAGCAUUACAACUUCUCUUGUGACUACCCCUUCUGAACAUACUAUUACCUUGGCAGAAACGACCAGUUCUGAUGUACAAAGCCUUGCAACUCAUAUCACUAACCCUUCUGAAUCAAAAGCCACCACACCUGGCACAGCCGUACACAAAAGGCCUAACAUUGGCGGCAGGCCGGGACACAGCUGGCCCGUCGACGGGGGCAGGCCCUUACACAGCAGCAGGCCGGACAGUGGCGGAAGACCCGUACACAGUUGGCCUGUCGACGGUGGAAGGCCUGUUCAUAGCAGCAGGCCAGACAGCGGCGGAAGGCCCGGACACAGCUGGCCUGUCGAUGGUGGAAGGCCUGUACAUAGCAGCAGGCCGGACAGCGAUGGUAGCCCGGAACACAGUUGGCCUGUCGACGGGGGCAGGCCUGUACACAGCAGCAGGCCGGACAGCAGCGGCAGGCCCGGACACCGCUGGCCUGUUGACGGGGGCAGGCCUGUACACAGCUGGCCUGUUGACGGGGGCAGGCCUGUACACAGCAGCAGGCCCGGACACAGCUGGCCUGUCGACGGGGGCAGGCCCGGUGAUAGCAGUCUUGAUGAACCAAGCAACAAAACUCCCCUCGAGACAUCCCCCUUAGAACCAAGUACCACCCCACUACCAACUAGUGUCGUACCAAGCUCCCCAACUAUAUUUUUGACACCUUCUAAAUCAACAUUUUCACUAAGAACCAGUCCUGAUCUACCAAGCAUUACAACUCCUUUUGUGACUACCCCUUCUGAACAUACUAUUACCUUGGCAGAAACAACCAGUUCUGAUGUACAAAGCCUUGCAACUCAUGUCACUAACCCUUCUGAAUCAAAAGCCACCACACCUGGCACAGCCGUACACAGAAGGCCUAACAUUGGCGGCAGGCCGGGACACAGCUGGCCCGUCGACGGGGGGAGGCCCUUACACAGCAGCAGGCCGGACAGUGGCGGAAGACCCGUACACAGUUGGCCUGUCGACGGUGGAAGGCCUGUUCAUAGCAGCAGGCCAGACAGCGGCGGAAGGCCCGGACACAGCUGGCCUGUCGAGGGGGGCAGGCCUGUACAUAGCAGCAGGCCGGACAGCGGCGGCAGGCCCGGACACAGCUGGCCCAUUGACGGUGGAAGGCCUGUUCAUAGCAGCAGGCCAGACAGCGGCGGAAGGCCCGGACACAGCUGGCCCGUUGACGGUGGAAGGCCUGUUCAUAGCAGCAGGCCAGACAGCGGCGGAAGGCCCGGACACAGUUGGCCUGUCGACGGGGGCAGGCCUGUACACAGCAGCAGGCCGGACAGCGACGGUAGCCCGGAACACAGUUGGCCUGUCGACGGGGGCAGGCCUGUACACAGCAGCAGGCCGGACAGCAGCGGCAGGCCCGGACACCGCUGGCCUGUUGACGGGGACAGGCCCGGUGAUAGCAGUCUUGAUGAACCAAGCAACAAAACUCCCCUCGAGACAUCCCCCUUAGAACCAAGUACCACCCCACUACCAACUAGUGUCAUACCAAGCUCCCCAACCAUUCUUGUGACUACCCCUUCUGAACAUACUAUUACCUUGGCAGAAACGACCAGUUCUGAUGUACAAAGCCUUGCAACUCAUAUCACUAACCCUUCUGAAUCAAAAGCCACCACACCUGGCACAGCCAUACACAGAAGGCCUAACAUUGGCGGCAGGCCGGGACACAGCUGGCCCGUCGACGGGGGCAGGCCCUUACACAGCAGCAGGCCAGACAGCGGCGGAAGGCCCGGACACAGCUGGCCUGUCGAUGGUGGAAGGCCUGUACACAGCAGCAGGCCGGACAGCGAUGGUAGCCCGGAACACAGUUGGCCUGUCGACGGGGGCAGGCCUGUACACGGCAGCAGGCCCGGACACAGCUGGCCUGUUGACGGGGGCAGGCCCGGUGAUAGCUGUCUUGAUGAACCAAGCAACAAAACUCCCCUCGAGACAUCCCCCUUAGAACCAAGUACCACCCCACUACCAACUAGUGUCGUACCAAGCCCCCCAACUAUAUUUUUGACACCUUCUAAAUCAACAUUUUCACUAAGAACCAGUCCUGAUCUACCAAGCAUUACAACUCCUUUUGUGACUACCCCUUCUGAACAUACUAUUACCUUGGCAGAAACAACCAGUUCUGAUGUACAAAGCCUUGCAACUCAUUUCACUAACCCUUCUGAAUCAAAAGCCACCACACCUGGCACAACCGUAGACGGAAAAAUUAACAUUGGCAGCAGGCCUGGACACAGCUGGCCUGUCCACAACAGGCCAAACAUUGGCGGCAGGCCCGGACACAGCUGGCCUGUCGAUGGUGGAAGGCCUGUACACAGCAGCAGGCCCGGACACCGCUGGCCUGUUGACGGGGGAAGGCCCGGGGAUAGCAAUCUUGAGGAACCAAGCAACAAAACUCCCCUCGAGACAUCCCCCUUAGAACCAAGUACCACCCCACUACCAACUAGUGUCGUACCAAGCUCCCCAACUAUUCUUUUGACACCUUCUAAAUUUUCACUAAGAACCAAUGCUUAUCUACCAAGCAUUACAACUCCUCUUGUGACUACCCCUUCUGAACAUACUAUUACCUUGGCAGAAACAACCACUUCUGAUGUACAAAGCCUUUCAACUCAUGUCACUAACCCUUAUGAAUCAAAAGCCACCACACCUGGCACAGCCGUACACAAAAGGCCUAACAUUGGCGGCAGGCCGGGACACAGCUGGCCCGUCGACGGGGGAAGGCCCGUACACAGCAGCAGGCCGGACAGCGGCGGAAGGCCCGUACACAGCUGGCCUGUCGACAGUGGAAGGCCCGUACACAGCAGCAAGCCGGACAGCGAUGGUAGCCCGGAACACAGUUGGCCUGUCGACGGGGGCAGGCCUGUACACAUCAGCAGGCCGGACAGCGGCAGUAGGCUCGGACACAACUGGUCUGUCGACCGGGGCAGGCCCGGGCAUAGCAGUCUUGAUGAACCAAGCAACAAGACUCCCCUCGAGAAAUCUCCUUUAGAACCAAGUACCACCCCACUACCAACUAGUGUCGUACCAAGAUCCCCAACUAUUCUUUUGACACCUUCUAAGUCACAAUUUUUACUAAGAACCAGUGCUUAUCUACCAAGCAUUACAACUCCUCUUGUGACUACCCCUUCUGAACAUACUAUUACCUUGGCAGAAACAACCAGUUCUGAUGUACAAAGCCUUGCAACUCAUGUCACUAACCCUUAUGAAUCAAAUGCCACCACACUAGGCACAGCCGUACAUAGAAGGCCUAACAUUGGUGGCAGGCCAGGACACAGCUGGCCCGUCGACGGGGGCAGGCCCGUACACAGCAGCAGGCCAGACAGCGAUGGAAGCCAGGAACACAGCUGGCCUGUCGAUGGGGGCAGGCCUGAACACAUCAGCAGGCCGGACAGCGGCGUUAGGCCCGUACACAGCUGGCCCGUUGACGGUGGAAGGCCUGUCCAUAGCAGCAGGCCAGACAGCGGCAGAAGGCCCGGACACAGCUGGCCUGUCGAGGGGGGCAGGCCUGUACACAGCAGCAGGCCGGACAGCGAUGGUAGCCCGGGACACAGUUGGCCUGUCGACGGGGGCAGGCCCGUACAUAGCAGCAGGCCAGACAGCGGCGGAAGGCCCGGACACAGCUGGCCUGUCGAGGGGGGCAGGCCUGUACACAGCAGCAGGCCGGACAGCGCCGGAAGACCCUUACACAGCUGGCCUGUCAAGGGGGACAGGCCUGUUCACGGCAGCAAGCCGGACAGUGGCGGUAGGCUCGGACACAACUGGCCUGUCGACGGGGGCAGACCCGUACACAGCAGCAGUCUUAAUGAAGCAAGCAACAAGACUCCCCUUGAGAAAUCUCCUUUAGAACCAAGUACCACUCCACUACCGAAAAGUGUCGUACCAAGCUCCCCAACCAUUCUUUUGACACCUUCUGAAUCAACAUUUUCCCUGAGAACCAGUCCUGAUCUACCAAGCAUCACAACUCCUCUUGUGACAACCCCUUCUGAACAUACUAUUACCUUGGCAGAAACAACCAGUUCUGAUGUACAAAGCCUUGCAACUCAUGUCACUAACCCUUCUGAAUCAAAAGCCACCACACCUGGCACAGCCGUACACAAAAGGCCUAACAUUGGCGGCAGGCCGGGACACAGCUGGCCCGUCGACGGGGGAAGGCCCGUACACAGCAGCAGGCCGGACAGCGGCGGAAGGCCCGUACACAGCUGGCCUGUCGACAGUGGAAGGCCCGUACACAGCAGCAGGCAGGACAGCGAUAGAAGCCAGGAACACAGCUGGCCUGUCGACGGGGGCAGGCCCGUACACAUCAGCAGGCCGGACAGCGGCGGUAGGCUCGGACACAACUGGUCUGUCGACCGGGGCAGGCCCGGGCAUAGCAGUCUUGAUGAACCAAGCAACAAGACUCCCCUCGAGAAAUCUCCUUUGGAACCAAGUACCACCCCACUACCAACUAGUGUCGUACCAAGAUCCCCAACUAUUCUUUUGACACCUUCUAAAUCAAAAUUUUUACUAAGAACCAGUGCUUAUCUACCAAGCAUUACAACUCCUCUUGUGACUACCCCUUCUGAACAUACUAUUACCUUGGCAGAAACAACCAGUUCUGAUGUACAAAGCCUUGCAACUCAUGUCACUAAUCCUUCUGAAUCAAAAGCCACCAUACUAGGCACAGCCGUACAUAGAAGGCCUAACAUUGGUGGCAGGCCAGGACACAGCUGGCCCGUCGACGGGGGCAGGCCCAUACAUAGCAGCAGGCCAGACAGCGGCGGAAGGCCCGGACACAGCUGGCCCGUCGACGGGGGCAGGCCCAUACAUAGCAGCAGGCCAGACAGCGGCGGAAGACCCUUACACAGCUGGCCUGUCAAGGGGGACAGGCCUGUUCACGGCAGCAAGCCGGACAGUGGCGGUAGGCUCGGACACAACUGGCCUGUCGACGGGGGCAGACCCGUACACAGCAGCAGUCUUAAUGAAGCAAGCAACAAGGCUCCCCUUGAGAAAUCUCCUUUAGAACCAAGUACCACUCCACUACCGAAAAGUGUCGUACCAAGCUCCCCAACCAUUCUUUUGACACCUUCUGAAUCAACAUUUUCACUGAGAACCAGUCCUGAUCUACCAAGCAUCACAACUCCUCUUGUGACAACCCCUUCUGAACAUACUAUUACCUUGGCAAAAACAACCAGUUCUGAUGUACGAAGCCUUGCGACUCAUGUCACUAACCCUUCUGAAUCAAAAGCCACCACACCUGGCAGAGCCGUACACAGAAGGCCUAACAUUGGCGGCUGGCCCGUUGAUGGGGGCAGGCCUGUACUUAGCAGCAGGCCAGACAGCGGUAGCAGGCCCGGACACAGCUGGCCUGUCGAUGGCGGCAGGCCCGGACACAGCUGGCCCGUUGACGGUGGAAGGCCUGUACACAGCAGCAGGCCGGACAGCGAUGGUAACCCGGAACACAGUUGGCCUGUCGACGGGGACAGCGGCGGCAGGCCUGGACACAGCUGGCCUGUCGACGGGGGCAGGCCUGCACACGGCUGGCCUGUCGACGGGGGCAGGCCUGUAAAAAGCAGCAGGCCGGACAGCGGCGGCAGGCUCGGACACAACUGGCCUGUAGACGGGGGCAGGCCCGGUGAUAGCAGUCUUAAUGAACCAAGCCACAAGAAUCCCCUCGAGACAUCCCCUUUAGAACCAAGUACCACCCCACUACUGACUGUCGUACCAAACUCCCCAACUAUUAUUUUGACACCUUCUGAAUCAACAUUUUCACUAAGACCCAGUCCUGAUCUAUCAAGAAUUGCAACUCUUCUUGUGACUACCCCUUCUCAACAUACUAUUACCUUGGCAGAAACAACCAGUUCUGAUGUACAAAUCCUUGCAACUCAUGUCACUAACCCUUCUGAAUCAAAAGCCACCACACCUGGCACAGCCGUACACAGAAGGCCUAACAUUGGAGGCAGGCCCGGACACAGCUGGCCCAUCGAAGGGGGAAGACCAGUACACAGCAGCAGGCCGGACAGCGGCGGAAGGCCCGGACACAGCUGGCCUGUCGACAGUGGAAGACCCGUAUACAGCAGUAGGCCGGACAGCGAUGGUAGCCCGGAACACAGCUGGCCUGUCGAUGGGGGCAGGCCUGAACACAGCAGCAGGCCACACAGCGGCGGCAGGCCUGGACACAGCGCGCGUGUCGACGGGGGAAGACCUGUACACAGCAGCAGGCCGGACAGCGGCGGCAGGCCCGGACACAGCUGGCCUGUCGACGGGGGCAGGCCCGGGCAUAGCAUUCUUGAUGAACCAAGCAACAACACUCCCCUGAAGACAUCCCCUUUAGAACCAAGUACCACCCCACUAUCGACUAGUGUCGUACUAAGCUCCCCAACUAUUCUUUUGACACCUUCUAAAUCAACAUUUAGUCCUGAUCUAUCAAGCAUUACAACGCCUUUUGUGACUACCCCUUCUGAACAUACUACUACCAUGGUAAAAACAACCAGUUCUGAUGUACGAAGCCUUGAAACCCAUGUCACUAACCCUUCUGAAUCAAAAGCCACCACACCUGGCAUAGCCAUACACAGAAGGCCUAACAUUGGCGGCAGGCCUGGACACAGCUGGCCCGUCGACGGGGGAAGGCCCGUACAGAGCAGCAGGCCGGACAGCGGCGGCAGGCCUGGACACAGCUGGCCUGUCGAUGAGGGAAGGCCCGAGCAUAGCAGCAGGCUGGACAGUGGCGGCAAGCUCGGACACAGCUGGCCAGUCGAUGGGGGCAGGCCUGUACAUGGCAUUACCGGUGGUGACAACAAGCCGGACAUGUUUGGGGAUAGCAGUCCUGUUGAACUAAAUAUGACUCUUCCUGAAAUAUCUUCUUCUGAACAAAGUACUGCCCCACUAAUGACUACUUUUGUCACAACCCCUUCUGAAUUAACAACCACCAUGCCUGGUACAUCUUUACACAGAAGGCCUAACGUUGGCGGAAGGCCUGUACACAGGUGGCCCAUCGCUGGAGGUGGAAGGCCUGGACACAGCUGGCCCAUCGCCGGGGGUGGAAGGCCUGGAGACAGCCGGCCCAUCGAUGGGGGUGGAAGGCCUGGGCACAGCUGGCCUUUCUACGGGGGUGGAAGGCCUGGACACAGCUGGCCUAUUGAUGGGGGGGGCGUAAGGCCCGGGCAAAACCGGCCCAUCGACGGUGGCGGAAGGCCCGGACACAGCCGGCCCAUCGACUGGGGCAGAAGGCCCGGACACAGCCGGCCCAUCAGCGGUGGCAGGCCCGGACAUAGCUGGCCCGUCAACGGGGGCAGGCCCGGAAUUAGCAUGACUCCCCUCGAGACAUCCCCCUUUGAACCAAGUACCAGCCCAUUGACUAUUAUUGAACCAAGCACCACAACUCUUUUGACAACUUCUCAGUCAACAACGCCAGUAAUAAUCAGUCCUGAGCUACCAAGCAUUACAACUUCGCUUGUGACAACCCCUUCUGAACCGUUUAUUACAUUGCCUGAAACAAACAACUCUGAUAUACAAAGCUUUAUAACUCUUGUCACAACCCCUUUUGAGUCAUUAGAUACCACAACUGGCACAGCCAUACAGAGCUGGCCUGUUGGCGGCAAGCCAGGACACACCUGGCCUGUUGACGGGGGCAGGCCUGUACAUAGCAGUCACGGCGGUAGCAGCACGCCUGACCAUGCCGAAAGGCCUGCAAGCAGUUGGCCCUUCAUCGCGGGCAGGCUUGACAGUGACGACAGGCCCGAACACAAUUGGUCAGUCGAUGAUGGCAGUCCCAAACACAGCAGGCUUGACGUUGGAAAUAGGCCUGAAAGUGGCGACAGGUCCGACGUAGAAAGCAGGCCUGGACACAAGGUGCCAUUAACAACCCGUUCCAAUGUACUGAGCAAAAAAACUUCUCAUUCGAAAAUACAUCCUGAAUUAACAACUACAGCGUCUGAAACAGCCAGUCGUUAUGUAUCAAGCACCACAACUUCACUUGUGAACACGCCUUUUGAACCAACUUUGACCUUGCCAGAAAAAACUAGUCCUUUUCUACAAAGUCCUACAAAUCUUGUAACACUGUCGGAAAUAACUACAACACCAAAAUCAACCAGUCCUGAUGUAUACAGCACUACACCUGGGACAGACAGUUUUGAUCUUCCAAUCAUUACAACUCCUCUGGUAACGUCUUCAGAACAAAUGAUUACUACUGCUAACUGUGGUGGCAAAUCUGGACAAAGCAGGCCUGGACACAGCAGGCUUGACAGUGACGGCAGGCCCGGAAACAGGAGGCCUGGACAGAGCAGGCCCGACACUGGCGGCAGGCCCGGUCAAAGGAGGCCUGACUGCUGUAGGCCCGGUCAAAGGAGGCCCGACGGUGGCGGCAGCAGGCCCGGUCAAAGGAGGCCCGACGGCGGCAGCAGGCCCGGUCAAAGGAGGCCCGAUAGCAGCGGCAGACCCGGCCAAAGGAGGCCUGACGUCAGCGGCGGAAGGCCUGGCCAAAAGAAACCCGGCAGCGGCGGCAGUCCCGGCCAACGGAGGCCCGACGACGACGGCGGCGGCAGGCCCGGCCAGCGGAGGCCCGACGACUGCGGCGGCAGGCCCGGCCAGCGGAGGCCCGACGACUGUGGUGGCAAGCCCGGCCAGCGGAGGCCCGACGGCGACGGCGGCAAGCCCGGCCAGCGGAGGCCCGACGGCGGCGGCGGCAAGCCCGGCCAGCGGAGGCCCGAGGGCGGCGGCGGUGGCAAGCCCGGCCAGCGGAGGCCCGAGGGCGGCGGCGGUGGCAAGCCCGGCCAGCGGAGGCCCGAGGGCGGCGGCGGUGGCAAGCCCGGCCAGCGGAGGCCCGAGGGCGGCGGCGGUGGCAAGCCCGGCCAGCGGAGGCCCGAGGGCGGCGGCGGUGGCGGCAAGCCCGGCCAGCGGAGGCCCGAGGACGGCGGCGGCAGGCCCGGCCAGCGGAGGCCCGACGACGGCGGAAGGCCUGGACACCACAAACCCGGCAGCAGGCCCAUCAAUGGUGGUAGGCCCACAUACAGCUACAACAAUAUCAAGCCUGGCCACGGUCAAAGCGGAAGGCCUGGACACAAUAGGCCAGAUCAAGGUGGCAAGCCAUGUGACACCGACAAUCCUGAACAUGGUCAAAAUUCAGAGAAUGACCAUGGCCACAACAAGAACUAUAGCAAGCCGGGACACAGCAUCCCGGAUCAUGGCGGCAAGCCGGAACACAGCAUGCCGGGACACAACAGGCCGGACCAUGGCGGCGGGCCGGGACACAGCAAGCCGGACCAUGGCGGCGGGCCGGGACACAGCAAGCCGGACCAUGGCGGUGGGCCGGGACACAACAAGCCGGACCAUGGCGGCGGGCCGGGACACAGCAAGCCGGACCAUGGCGGCGGGCCGGGACACAGCAAGCCGGACCAUGGUGGCGGGCCGCGACACAGCAGGCCGGACGACGACGGUGGGCCCAAACAAAUGCCUGACGCUCAAUGA